CAAUAAUAAUAACUUCAAUAUAUAAAAAACCCGGUUUAUCAAUUUAUUGUUGGUUAUUUUGUUAAUCUGUACAUAAACAUGGCGGAUACCGAGUUAACGAAGGCCCUCAAGGAUUUACCUAAUCGUGUUCAAACAGCUAGUAAAAAUGAACGUCGAGAAAUAUUGGAAAAUGUCAUUGGAGUAUUGUCAAAUCCUGGUAUUAAUGAAAAAAUUAUCAGUGGAAUAUGUAAAGUAUUGUCAUUUACUUUACACAGAUAUAAAGACUCAGCAUCACAAUCAUAUGUUAAAAAUUUAAUAGUUGCAUUAUUAAAACAUCAACCAGAUGCAACAAUUAAAUCAAUGACAAGUGUCAUUGUUGAAUUAGCAUUAUGGCAUCAAAAUGUUGUUUCAACUAUCAGUACUUCAAUAACAGCAUAUACAACAUUAAAAUGGUCAACUCUUAUUAUUGAAAAUAUCAAUAAAUCAAAUGCAUUUGAUAAAUAUUUAAGUGAACUUGAAAAACUUAUUGAAGCACAAGCAAUGCUUAGUGCAUCAGUAUUGUCAUCACUUGACAGAAAAUUAACUAAAAAACUUGAUAUGUUAUUUGUUAAUUUAUGGACAAAUAGUAAUCAUAAAAUAAUAAAUAUUUACACAAAUACAUUGAGUAAAAUGGAGUCAAAUAAUGGACAAAUUGUAUUGAUUAAUUUGAUAAUUAAAUUUAUCAUAACAAUUAAUAAUGAAAUAUUAAUUGAUACAUUUAAAGAAAAAAUUCUAGAUGCAUUUAUUAAAUUAACAAUAAGUUGUAAAAAAAAACCACAAUUAUUUGUUGUUGAUGCAUCAUAUCCAUUGUUAAAUCGUAUAACACAUGAUGAAUUUAAAAAUCAAUUAUUACCAGCAAUGCAAAGAGGUAUGUUGAGAAAUCCUGAAUUAAUAAUUGGUUCAGUUGGACAUAUAUUGAGUGGAUUAAGUAUUGAUUUAAGUAAAUACAGUGAAGAUCUUAGCAAGGGAUUUUUUUCAAAUCUUUAUUCCAAAGAAGAUGAUGUACGUAAUGAAGCAAUUGAUGCAUGUAAACGAUUGUCAUUAAAAAUAUCUGAUUCAUCAUCAUUGGAUAAAUUAUUAACAUCAUUAUUUUCAAUUUAUCAUGGUUCUGCUGGAAAAUUAACAGUUGUUGAUCAUAAAUUAUCAGUAUUAAAAGCUGCUGGUAAUUUUAGUUAUAAUAAUUGUACUGACAAUAAUGACAUUGAAAAUAUUGCUAAAAAUUCAUGUACACAUUUUAUCAAAGUCCUGGAUACAGAGCUACAUGAAAAAACACUAAUUUAUUCAUUAGAAAUGAUGAGUUUAUGGACAAAAAAAUUUAACAAUCAAGUACCUAAAAAUAUCAUUGAUUCAUUUAAAAAAGGUAUGACAGCUAAAAAUUCAACACCGUCAAUUAGAACAGCAUAUAUUAAAUUAUUAUUUUCAAUAUCAAAACCUGAAGUUUAUUCAACAAUAAUAACACCAAUAUUAAGUGAUACAAUAACAAAAUCAUUACAACAAUCAGCAAUAAUACCAAUUGUUACUGAAGGACUUAUUGCUGCAAAUAUGUUACUUAAAUUAAUUAAUACUGGAACUGUUGAAAAUGAUAAACAAACAAUAUUAUGGUCAUCAAUUGAUGAACAAGUAUUUUUUACUGAUAAAUUUUUAAUAAGUUGUAGUGAUGAUACAAUUUAUUAUCUAAUGGAAUUUUGUCAAAUUUUAAUUAAUAAUUAUACUGAUAAAUUUAAUGAAAAAAUUAUUGGUGGUAUUUAUAGAGCAAUUAUAACAUGUAUAACAUGUCAAAAUUCUGAUACAAGAAGACGUUGUUCUGAUAUAUUAAUUAAUAAAAUAUUAAUUAAUUUAAAAUCUUAUGAUGAUAAAUUAAAAUCAAUUAUCAUGGAAUUUUCACGUUUUAUUGAAAUUGGUAAAUUUAAAAUUGAAAAAGAUGACAAAGAAAAAUGUGAUGAUGUAUCAAAUAAUACAAAUAAUGAUGGUAUUAUUGGUCGUUGUUUAAUUGAUGGUUUAAUUUCAAUUUGUACAAUUAAAUUUGAUAAUGAUAAUGAUGAUAUAUCAAAAAUGGAUCUUGCAUAUGAUGUAUUGUUACCAUCUCAUAAUCCAAUAAUUAUAAAAACAACAAAUAAUUUAUGGCAAAAAAUAUGUAAAAAUAUUGAUUUAUCACCGAAAAAAUUCAUUGAUACAUAUUAUAAAAAAAUACGUUGUGAAUUUAUUGAUAAUUAUAAAACAACAUCAAGUUAUAAUAAUGCAUUAUCAACAAUUAUAAAAUUUUCACCACAAACAAUAUUACCAGAAAUAAUAAAAAAUAUAACAUGUAAUUUAAAUAAUGAAGAAAUAAUAAAAGUAACAAAAGAUGAAUAUUUUACAUAUUUAACACCAGAAGGUGAACUUUAUGAUAAAAGUGUUUUACCUGGUAAUGAUGAUAAUGAUAUAUUAAAUGGUAUUAAUAUGAAAAGAGAAAGUAAAGCAUAUUCAUUUAAAGAACAACAAGAAGAAUUACAAUUACGUCGUGAAUUAUAUGAAAAAAAAAAACGUGAAGGUAAAAUAAAAGAACCAAAAUUAACAACAAAACAAGAAGAUGCUAUUAAAGCACAAUUUUUACGUGAAAAUUUAAUACGUAAACGUUUAAAUGAACUUAAUGAAAUAAUUGAAAAAUCAAUGUCAAUACUUGAUGCUGCAUCAAAAGGUAAUGAAUAUCAAUUAACAUUAUAUUAUCGUGAUUUAAUACCAGUAAUAUUAAAAAAUUUACAAUCACCAUUAGCAGCACCAAUAUUAACAAAUUAUUUUAUAAAUUUACGUAAAUUUGUUGCUAUUGAUUUACAUGAAAAUACAGAAAUAUCACCAUUAUCACAACUUGUUGCACAUGUUACAUUACGUCAGUUAAAACCACAAUGUGAUUUAGAUCAAUCAUGGGAAGAUGAAGAACUUGAAAUAACAAUAAAAAGAACAUUAAAUUUAUUACAUAAUAAUACUGUUAAAGAAAAAAAUUUAUUAACAGCACCAGCAUUUUGUUAUGUAUUUCCAUUUAUAAGUAAAACAUUAACUGAUUGGAAUGAUGAAACAAUAACAAUUCAAGGUUUACAAAUAAUACAAGAACAUGCAAAACAACGUGGUAAUAGUGUUGAUAAUAAUUAUUUAGAUUCAAAUCAUCCAAGAUAUUUACCACGUCAUCAAAUGCUUGAUUUACUUAUUGAACUAAUGACUAAAACAAAUGGUAGAGUACAAACAUAUAGUGUUGCAACAUUUUUAGAUAUUGCAAAUUCUGGUAGUGGUAUACCUGGUACAGCUAAAGCUGAUAGUGAAGAAAUUAAUUCAUUAAUAAAAGCACUUGAAAAUUCAUUAGCUUCAGUACGUGAUGCAUCAUUACGUGCAUUAAUGAUUAUUAAAAAUAGUUUUCCAUCACCAACAAAUAAUUAUGAACAAUAUUUAUUAUUAACACGUAGAAUAUGGAUUGAAAAAUUUGAUAUUAUUGAUGAAAAUAAAGCACUUGCUAAUGAAAUAUGGAAUGCUGGUAAUUUUAUUGCUGAUGCUGAAAUAUUAUGUGAUGAAUUAAUAAAUGAUGUUGGUCAUGAUAAUGAAGCUGUACAACAAGCUGUUGCAUUUGCAAUUGCUGAUUUAUUAAAAUUAAAUCCAGAAUUAUUAAAAGAUGUACUUGAUAAUUUAUUACAAUUAUAUAAUGAUAAAUUAGCAAUGAUACCACCAAAAUUAAAUGAUUUUGGUAGAGUUGUUGAACAACCAGUUGAUAUAUGGGGACCAAGAAGAGGUGUUGCAUUAGCAUUAACACAAUUAGCACCACUUAUGACACCAGAAACAAUUCAUCCAUUAGUACAAUUUUUUGUAUCAAAUGGUUUAGGUGAUAGAAAUGCAUUGGUACGUCGUGAAAUGUUAAAUGCAGCAUUAGCUGCUGUUGAUUUACAUGGUAAAACAAAUAUAACAUCAUUAUUACCAGUAUUUGAAGAAUUUUUAGAUAAAGCACCUAAAAUUGGAAGUUUUGAUUCAAUAAAACAAUCAGUUGUUAUAUUAAUGGGUUCAUUAGCACGUCAUUUAGAUAAAGAUGAUACACGUAUUAAACCAAUUGUAUUACGUCUUAUUAAAGCAUUAUCAACACCAUCACAACAAGUACAAGAAGCUGUUGCAAAUUGUUUACCAUAUCUUGUACCAUCAAUAAAAGAUGAUGCACCAAAAAUUGUUGAUAAAUUAAUGGAUCAAUUAUUAAAAUCAGAUAAAUAUGGUGAUCGUAAAGGUGCUGCAUAUGGUCUUGCUGGUAUAAUAAAAGGUAUGGGUAUACUUGCAUUAAAACAACUUGAUAUUAUGACAACAUUAACAAAUGCAAUACAAGAUAAAAAAAAUUAUCGUCAACGUGAAGGUGCCCUAUUUGCAUUUGAAAUGUUAUGUACAAUGUUAGGACGUUUAUUUGAACCAUAUAUUGUACAUGUAUUACCACAUUUAUUAUUAUGUUUUGGUGAUCCAUCACAAUAUGUUAGAGCAGCAACAGAUGAUACAGCAAGAGUUGUUAUGUCAAAAUUAUCAGCACAUGGUGUUAAACUUGUAUUACCAAGUUUACUUGCUGCAUUAGAAGAAGAUUCAUGGCGUACUAAAACUGGUUCAGUUGAAUUACUUGGUGCAAUGGCAUAUUGUGCACCAAAACAAUUAAGUAGUUGUUUACCAUCAAUUGUACCAAAAUUAAUUGAAGUAUUAAGUGAUUCACAUAUUAAAGUACAAGAAGCUGGUGCUGAAGCACUUAAAGUUAUUGGUAGUGUUAUUAGAAAUCCAGAAAUUCAAGCAAUUGUACCAGUAUUAUUAAAAGCAUUACAAGAUCCAUCACGUAAAACAGCAACAUGUUUACAAACAUUAUUAGAUACACAAUUUGUACAUUUUAUUGAUGCACCAUCAUUAGCAUUAAUAAUGCCAGUUGUACAACGUGCAUUUAUGGAUCGUUCAACUGAAACAAGAAAAAUGGCUGCACAAAUUAUUGGAAAUAUGUAUUCAUUAACUGAUCAAAAAGAUUUAACACCAUAUUUACCAACAAUAAUACCAGGUUUAAAAACAAGUUUAUUAGAUCCAGUACCCGAGGUUAGAAGUGUCUCAGCUAGGGCACUUGGUGCUAUGGUACGUGGUAUGGGUGAAUCAAGUUUUGAAGAUUUAUUACCAUGGCUUAUGCAAACAUUAACAUCUGAAACAUCAUCUGUUGAUCGUUCUGGUGCUGCACAAGGUUUAUCAGAAGUUGUACGUGGUUUAGGUGUUGAAAAAUUACAUAAAUUAAUGCCUGAAAUAAUAAGUACUGCUGAACGUACUGAUAUUGCACCACAUGUUAAAGAUGGAUAUAUUAUGAUGUUUAUUUAUAUGCCAAGUGCAUUUACAAGUGAAUUUACACCAUAUAUUGGACAAAUUAUAAAUCCAAUAUUAAAAGCAUUAGCUGAUGAAAAUGAAUAUGUACGUGAAACAGCAUUACGUGCUGGACAAAGAAUUGUAACAUUAUAUGCUGAUUCAGCAAUAAUGUUAUUAUUACCAGAAUUAGAAAAAGGUUUAUUUGAUGAUAAUUGGAGAAUAAGAUAUUCAUCAGUACAAUUAUUAGGUGAUUUAUUAUAUCGUAUAUCUGGUGUAUCUGGUAAAAUGUCAACUGAAACAGCAAGUGAAGAUGAUAAUUUUGGUACUGAACAAUCACAUCAUGCUAUUAUUAAAUCAUUAGGUGGUGAAAGAAGAAAUCGUGUAUUAGCUGGUUUAUAUAUGGGUAGAUCAGAUGUUGCAUUAAUGGUACGUCAAGCAGCAUUACAUGUAUGGAAAGUUGUUGUUACAAAUACACCAAGAACAUUACGUGAAAUAUUACCAACAUUAUUUAGUUUAUUAUUGGGUUGUUUAGCAAGUACAAGUUAUGAUAAACGUCAAGUUGCUGCAAGAACACUUGGUGAUCUUGUUAGAAAAUUAGGUGAACGUGUAUUACCAGAAAUAAUACCAAUAUUAGAAAGAGGAUUACAAUCAGAUCAACCAGAUCAAAGACAAGGUGUUUGUAUUGGUUUAUCUGAAAUAAUGGCAAGUACAAGUAAAGAUAUGGUAUUAACAUUUGUUAAUAGUUUAGUACCAACUGUUAGAAAAGCUCUAUGUGAUCCAUUACCAGAAGUACGUCAAGCAGCUGCUAAAACAUUUGAUUCAUUACAUUCAACUGUUGGUGUACGUGCAUUAGAUGAUAUAUUACCAUCAAUGUUAAAUCAAUUAAAUUCAACAGAUCAAGAAAUUGCUGAAAAUACACUUGAUGGUUUACGUCAAGUUAUGGCUAUUAAAUCACGUGCUGUAUUACCAUAUUUAGUACCACAAUUAACAACACCACCAGUUAAUACAAAAGCAUUAUCAAUAUUAGCAAGUGUUGCUGGUGAAGCAUUAACAAGAUUUUUAAAUAAAAUAUUACCAGCAUUAUUAACAGCAUUAUCAAGUGCACAAGGUAGUACAAAUGAAUUACAAGAACUUGAAUAUUGUCAAACAGUUGUAUUAUCUGUUAUUGAUGAUGUUGGUGUUAGAAUUAUUAUGGAUCAAUUAAUGGAAGCAACAAAAUCUGAUGAUGUUACACGUAGACGUGGUGCUGCAACAUUAUUAUGUUCAUUUUGUCGUGAUACACGUGCUGAUUAUUCACAAUAUGUACCACAAUUAUUACGUGGUUUAAUACAUUUAUUUACUGAUGAUGAUAAAGAUGUAUUACAAAAAUCAUGGGAUGCAUUAUCAGCUGUAACAAAAACACUUGAUUCAGAACAACAAAUUAAUCAUCUUGGUGAUAUACGUCAAGCAGUACGUUUUGCUGUAUCUGAUUUAAAAGGACAAGAAUUAUUACCUGGUUUUUGUUUACCAAAAGGUAUAACACCAAUAUUACCAAUAUUUAGAGAAGCUAUAUUAAAUGGUUUACCAGAAGCUAAAGAACAAGCAACACAAGGUCUUGGUGAAAUUAUUAAAUUAACAUCACCAUCAGCAUUACAACCAAGUGUUGUACAUAUUACUGGUCCAUUAAUUAGAAUAUUAGGUGAUCGUUUUACAUGGAGUGUUAAAGCAGCUGUAUUAGAAACACUUGCAAUAUUACUUGGUAAAGUUGGUAUUAUGUUAAAACAAUUUCUUCCACAAUUACAAACAACAUUUUUAAAAGCAUUAAAUGAUACAAAUAGACAAGUUAGACUUAAAGCAGCAUUAGCAUUGAGUAAUUUAAUUGUUAUACAUACAAGAGUUGAUCCAUUAUUUUCUGAAUUACAUAUGGGAAUUAAAAAUGCUGAUGAUCCAUCAAUAAGAGAAACAAUGUUACAUGCUAUGAGAGGUAUAUUAACACCAGCUGGUGAUAAAAUGACUGAACCAAUGAGAAAACAAAUAUUUUUAUUUAUGUCAACAAUGCUUGGUCAUCAAGAAGAUAUUACACGAAUAUCAAGUGCUGGAUGUUAUGGUGCAUUAAUACGUUGGUUAACACCAGAACAAUUAUUACAAGCAUGUAAUGAAAAUUUAUUACACAUUGAUAAUAAUACUGAUUGGACAUUAAAACAUGGUAGAUCAGCAGCAUUAUUUGUUGCAUUAAAAGAAGGAUCAAGUAUAUUAUGGAAUGCUGGUAAUGAAAAACAUCAAGAAAAAAUAUGUCGUGUUAUAUUGAGUUAUUUAACAUCUGAUAAACCACAAAUUGUCAUGAAUGGUAUACGUUCAUGUGGUUAUUUAUUCCAAUAUAUAAUGAAUGAUAAUAAAACUAUUCCUGUUACAAUAAUACAACCAUUUGUUAGAACAAUGAAUAACAGUAAUAAUGAAGUUAAACAAUUACUAGCAAGAGUAUGUACACAUAUUGCAAGAAAUGUUACAGCUGAUAAAAUGAGCUUGGACUUUUUAAAGGCAUUAUUACCAAUGCUUGUUAAUGGUACUAAAGAAAAAAAUGGAUAUGUCAAAGCUAAUAGUGAACUUGCACUUAUUGCUGUAUUGAGACUUCGACAAGGAGAUGAAGAACAUCAGCGAUACAUGGCUCUUCUUGAUACUGGUGCACGUGAAUCACUUGCUGAUGUUGUCAGCAAAGUUUUACGUAAAGCUUUAUCACAACCAGAAGGAAAAAUUGAAGAACUUGAUGAUACACUUCUCACGUGAGAAAUAAUACAAAUCUCGGGGUUCAAUAUUAACAAAAAUAUAUUAUAUAAAACUAGUAAAAAUAAUAAUCAAAUAUUUAUAAUUACUAGAACUAUUAUUGACCAUCUACUCCCGAGUUUUAUUAGACAAUUAAUAUGUAUUUUAAAUAUAAUUUCAAAUUUUCAUUGCUCAAUAUAUCAAAUGAAUGAAUUAAUUAUCCAAAUCUUUUUCAAAAAAACACUAUUAUUAUUAUAGCAUUUUUUUUUUAUUGUUGAUAGUUCAUGUAGAUAGAAAAAAAAAUAAUUAAUGUUUUUUGUUCUUUAUUUUACACUGCCGUUUGCUGGAUUUGUUUUUUUUUUUUUUUUUUUAUAAUUUUAUUUGUAUUUUUAUAACAAUUUUGCAAUAACAAUUUGAAAGAAAAAAUAUUAAUAAUUAAAAUUAUAUAUUAAUUGUAAAAAUAAUAGUUAUUCGAAAUUACGAACCCCGAGAAAUUUUGAAGUGAAAAAAAAAUUAUAUAUAUAUAUUAUGAUUUAUCUUUAUCUUUUUUUUUUUAUACUAAAAAUCGUAAACUUCAUGAAAAAAAAAAACAAUUUAAUAAAUGUGAUGAAUUUUGAACUUUGUUGUAAUGAUGAUAAAUAAAUGUUUUCAUCAGCGAUAUAUAAAGUACGAAACCUGGAAAAACAAGAAAAAAAAAUUGUAUUCUUUUUAUUUUUAUAAACACUAUCAUCCUUUUUUCGUACGUUUAACACGUUUUUCUGUGUUAUUAUAUAUUUUUUUUUGUUAUUCUACGGGAUACUUAUCUCGUGUGUGGUGAGCCUAGAAACACAAGCAGAUACUUCCUGCUCGCCAUAUUAUCUAAACAAUCAAAUCUCAAGGGCCAAAAAAUAUAUAAACACAAAUGUGUUUAAAACAUUUCUGGAACUCAAGAAUCAUUAAAAGCCAAAUGAUAAAUAUUACGCUCGAUAACUGAAUCAUCAUCGAGGUAACUUAUUAUAAGUGAUCCUAAAACUGGUGAAAAUGCUUCACCUCCUUGUGAAUGUGGACGAUUUAUUUCAUCUGUGUAAGACAAAUUACAUCAAUUUUUAUUAAAAAAAAGAUUCUCAAAAAUUUGAUUGAUUUUAUAAAUUUAUAAUGCAACUUGAUGAUUAAUUUAAUAUCAAAAAAAUAUCUGUUGUAAUUGUUGUUAUUAUCAUUGGACUAAUGAAAAAAAAAAAAAACUACAAUUAGCUAUUGAAAAAUUAUAAUAAAACCAACAAUUUCUAAUCAAUUAAUUGGAAAAAAAAAAAGUUCAAUUGACAUACAACCUGAAUAAUAAAUAUUUAAAAAUGUUUAUAAAAUAAAAUUUAAAAAAA